CCAAGACAAUAAUAAUUAUUUUUACAAAUUUAAAUUUUUAAGAUCAACUUUUAUUGCGUAUCAUGUUGACCAGUUAAAAAACUUAAAUGUACUUCAUCAAUAUGAUGUCACACUGAAUGUAAUCAGCUUAAAAGGAAGAUUAUCAAUAAAAAAACAUAUCACGUAAUAUUUAUUUAAGAAUAAAUACAAAAAUCACAAUGACAAAAACUAGUUAGAAAUGACACUAUUUAGGAAGGAGAAUAUUAAUAAUAAUAAUUAAUUAUACAUUUAACAUUUAUGCUGUAAAAAGUUCAAAAUCUGUCUUCCUUUCUGUAUGCUUGAAAAAAAAAACUACUGUGAUUGCAUUAUUUAGAUUUUAUAUUAUUGUUAAAUUAGGUUUUUCAGUCAAAAGAAAUUGAAUAUUAACUAUCAAACGACUAUAUAAUUAUUAUAUCCAUUCAUUUAAUUAAUCGUUCGCACAUAACCUGACCAUGUCUGUAGAAAAAGAAGAAUGUGAAUUGGAACAACUAGUGUCUUCUGAUGAAGAACCCAGACCAACAAAUGAUGUACACAUUACACCUCCUAUUACACCCAAGCCACCACCAAGAGCUCAUUCCCAUACCGACAGCCGUACCAAGACUAGCAGUGGAAGUAACAAGGUGUCUGGGCAAUAAUAUAUUAAUAAACUUGUAAUUUUUGUGACUCAUUUUUUGUUAAUUUUUAAAUUUAGUCACCUUCAGUUGAAAGUCAAAAGAAUGAAUCCCAUAAGUCUACUGCCAAAUUGUCAAGUACUUCAUCUAUACAUCAAGAUAAACCGCAAACACAAUUAUCCAGUAUGACUUUUAUAUAAAUGCUUUACCUAUUAGAAAAAUAUAUUAUUUUGUUUACUUUGUUUUCUAGAAGACACAAGCGGAACUGCUCGUUUAAUGUCUGUAAACGAAAGAUUAGGACGAAGUUCUUUACAUGAUUAUAAACCACCUCGACCACCUCCGCCAAAUUUUAAUAAGUUGCAAAAUAAAAAAGGUUAGUUCAAUUAAGUAUUUUAUUUGUAUUAUAUAUGAAAAAUAACUUCUAACAACAACACAAAAAUAAUAAUACUUAAUAAGUUAAAUUGUCCCUGUAUCAAUGCUCAUAAUUUAUUUGGUAGGUACCUUUGUAUUUAUUUUUUACCUGCUUCAAAUUUCAUUACCCAUAACUAUAUGUACAUAUAGUUAUAUCUAAAUUCACAAAGUUAUACCUACAUACAUCUAAACUUUAAAUAAUUAUAAACAAAUUAUUAUUUCAACAGUGUGUGUUACCAUUAAGUAGGACAAAUGUGAUUAAUUUGAAUUGAACUAGGUAAUUUAACAAAGCAGUACAAUAUUACAUAGUAUACCAUAGCUUAUUUAUGUUCUUAUCUAUAAAACAUGAUAAAUAAUUUAUAUGGAAAAUACUUACAGCUGUCAAAUAUUUGUAUUGUUCAUUUCUUUAGUAAAUUUCAUAAUAUCAUUAUUUUUUAAACAUCUAAAAGCUAGUAGGCAAAAUAAAUAAUACAAUAUUUCAUAAUAUAUCUUUUAUAAAUUGAUAAUAUAUGGAUACAGUUGAACACAUUGUAUUUAAUAAAAACUUCUAAUCCACAGUAUUCAUCAAUCAAAGCACCUAUUGCUAUUUUGACAUUGAAACAUUAAGUUUUUCUGGAGUUUUAUUCUGUAUAAUAAUUGGCAAUUCAUUGCAAUAAAAUAGAUAUGCUCUUCAUUUUUAUUUAAAAGCUCUCGAUAUGUAUUAAAUAUUGUAAUCGAAAAAUCAUCUUUCUUUAUUAUUUUGGCUUGUAAUACUUACCCGAUGUAUGUGUAUCUUAGUAGCUAUUUUCUUUAGUUUAAAACUAACAAAUUAAAGUUUGGUUUAAAAAUUAUUUAAAACUUUUGAAAUAUUUCUACUAGGUAUUUAAAGAAAAAAAAUAAUUAUGUUAAUGAUUAUUAGAUACAUAAUAUUUCAGGUACCUACCUUUUAUUAUUAUAAUUAUUGUGUUUAUGUGCACGUUAAGUUAAAUUAUUUGCAAUUUUAAUUAUAUUUGUUAGGUUCAAAAAUAUAGCUAACAGUUAAAGAUACUAUAUAAAACAAAAUGUAUCAAAAAUGUAGUGUUAAAAUAUCUGUCUAAAAUGUGUGUCUAAUUCCAUUGUUAUAAAUUAACCAUUGUAAAUUUAAAACCUCUGACAUUGUAGUGCUUUUGCAUGUGACUAAUCUAAUUCAUUAUCAUACACAUAUAUUUUGUUCAAUAAUUGGAGCAUACAUUUUACAAAUAUGUCCCAUUUAACAACCACUAAAAUAAAAUAAAAUUUGUUUGCAUUCACCAAGUAUAUUUAUGUAGGUAAUAUAGUUUUUCCAAUGUUUGAUUCACUUUAUAUCAUUUCUGAGUAACAAAUACAAGUGUAAUUUAAUUUGUUGUUUAUAUUGUCAUUAUUCAAAUAGGUGACGGAAUGUAUUAUUUCAAUUUAAAAUAGAUAUAUUACAUUUUUAUUAUACUGUAACUUGAAUGUGUGUUGUAAGCAAUUAAAAUAAAAAAAUAUUAAUUCAUAUGGUAUUAAAAUAAAUUCAAAUAAGUUAAAAUUAAUAUUUAAUUUGUCUACUUUUGUUGGAAAACUUAAAUGCAGAUUUUUGUUUUACACAGAAAUCCCGAUAUUAUCAUCAAUGGCUUUUUAAAAUGUAAUUUUGUUUUAUUUUUGAUGACAAAAUGGGUGCUCCUAAUAAUUAAUCACACUACACCUGUUUAAAAAUAAUAAACUAGGUACAAUCCAGUUGUCUAUUUUUUUGAAUAAAUUGAUAAAAUACUUAAUUCAACUAUUAAUUACUUUCCAAAUUGUAUUUUAUUUAAUAAAAACAUUUGAAUAGCCUUUUUUGUAUUUUGGUUGUUGAUUUUAAUUAUAUAUUUUUUGUAUCUUAUCAUAUGACUUGUUUAUUUAAAAAAAAAAAAAAGUAUUUGUAAUGAUGUAAAAUUCCAAUCAUAAAAUGCAUUACAUGGCUUAUGUAGGUACUAAACUAUUUUUAUUACAUUUCACAAGCAUGCUUGUAGUUCUUGCAAAAAAAUAAAUAUUAAUAUAGCAUUAACCUUUCCACACCUAUAUGAGUUUUAUAUUUUAUUAUUUCAGCUUAUUUAUUUUUUUUUUUUUUUUAUAUAUACAUAUUUUGUGUGUUGGUUGCUUUUGUUGUUGAAACCUGUCCUAUAUAAAACACAUAGUAUUCUCUGAACAAACUAUGGACAGAAGUUGCCUACAUCAUUGUUUUUUGUCAGAUGUGACCGACGUCAGACAAAUGGAACAAGCCCUUCAGCAACUACUCGAAGAUUUCCACUCUGGAAAAUUGCGUGCAUUUGGUAAUUAUUAAUAUUAAAUAAUAUUGAAUAAUUCAAAAAUAAUUUCAUAUUAUUUAAAUAUUGAAGUUAAUAAAUUACAGUUAAUUUGUUUUAAUUGUUCUGAAUGGAAAACAAAUACUACAUAAUUUUAUUUGUUCACAAUUUUAAGUACGUAAAAUAUAUAUUUAAUUUUGAAUAGUUUUACAAAUAAUUAGGCAAACUAUAUUAUUUAUCAAGUUUUUAAAAAUAAUUUAACAAGUUUCCUUAAUCUCAUAUCCCAUUAUUAUUUAUACAAUUAUUUAAAUACAAUACAUAAUUACAAAUAUUCAAGAAUCAACUGUAUAAUUUUCAAAAAUAAUAAUAACAAUUUAUGUGUACAUUUAUGUGCAUAAUUUAGGUAAAGACUGCAGUAUGGAACAAAUGACUGCUAUCCGUGAACAACAGGAACAUUUAGCAUGGUUACAUUUUGAACUCGGCGUGAGACAAGAUGGAUCAACACCGCUCAGUGAACAAGGAAUUGCCAAAGGUACAGAAAACAUGCAUUCCCUAAUGGCUAGCCUGGAACAGCUGUCUCUAUCCAUUGAGAAAUUACAUUCGUUCAGUAAUUCGACUUCUGAUUAAAGAAAAUGAUUAUAUUUUAUCUACCUACCUGACCAUUAUUGGUACUCAUUAACAUUGACACUAUUUAUUAUUUAACGAAUGGGAUUUAUAAAUAAAAUUAUUGCUCAUUUAAUCAUUCCAUGAAUAAUUUACCAAUUAUAAUUAUUUAUUAUGUACCUCUUAUUGUUAAGUUAUUAAAUAAAUAUAGUGAUUUUUUAUAAUUUACACUUGUUUAAAUACUGAUUGCAAUGACUCAUAGGGAGAUAAAAUUCUAGUAGAGCCUACACUCACUCGGAUACCACAGUUUUUGGUUGCUUCACAUAUUGAAUGUACUUCAUGUCCACUUAUGCCACCGAUAACAAAAACAAUUAGAUGAUCGCAAUCUAAUGGAUGUUUGUUAACUGUGUUAAUAAUCUUACUGAAAAAAAAAAAAAAUAAUAAUAAUAAUAAUUAUGAUAACUUUUAUCUUGUAAUGAUUAUAUUAAAUACUAUGAAAUGUUAUGACAUUGAACAUUACUCACUUGAAACCUAAUUUUAUAAAAUCUGUAAUUCCAUCAGAUUUGGUUUUUAAAACUGGUAGAUUUGGUCGCAUUGGACUGCACACGUCUUCCAUCAAUUGUUUGACAAAAGAAUUGUACACUGCUGGUGCGUAAGGGUUUUCUUUUACAAACAAUUUUCUAUUUAUAGAAAUAAAAAGUACAUAAUUUUAAAACAUUUAAUUUUAAUUUUAGCCCUACCCACAAAUUCCCUCUAAUUUUCACAUAUUCUGAAAAAGAUAGAAACAUUCUUCAUUGG